AUGAUUUGGAUUUCAAGUCAUGUUGGAAUCCUCGAAAAUGUCGUACCAGAAACUUUCGUAUCGUUUCACUCUGGAAGAUCCUCAUGGGGCAACUACUCCCAAAUCAAUCCCAUAUCAAUAGGUAUCGAAAUCGUUAAUUUUGGACAUAAUGAAAUUGAUGAUUCGUGGGACCCGUUUUUUCAAGAACAAAUUCGCAUUGUUGGUUUAACGGUGACUCGAAUGGUCAACCAGUAUAAAGUGUUACCACACAAUAUAGUUGGACACUCGGAUAUUGCCCCGAAUAGAAAAACUGAUCCUGGUGUAAUGUUUCCUUGGGGCCAAUUGUACAAGGACUAUGGCAUAGGUGCUUGGUUGGACAGCGAUGAAAUGAACGAGACAGUCAUUAUCGCCAAGUACCGUCCCUCAACACCRUGUCCGCGUAUACCAGAUCAGAAGCUGUUUGUCAAUUAUUUGGGUAUUUACGGAUACAAUAUAACCGAUGAGGUUCAAGCCAUUAAGGCUUUUAAAGCACACUUUACAGCCAAUCAAAAACCAGAAUUAUAUAAUCAAAAUGUAACACAUCUUGAAAUGUACUGGAUUUGGGCUUUGGUAGCUAAGUAUUUACAUUAACGAAAGUCUAAAUUGUAAUUCACUAUAGAUAUAGAAUAUUAUAGAAUUAAUAUAUCACAUAAUAAAAAUUCAAUUUUAUCAUGG